AUGCGGUUGGCUUUGUUAUUGGCACUGUUCCUAAAAGUUUACGAAGCUUCCGCAAAGCCAAACGAUCUCCAAGCGCUAUAUAAUGCGCUUUUCGUCUCCGGGAAUUACACGAAGGAGUUGGCGCCGGUUUCCGGGGACCGAGCUGGCCAAAUUAACUUAAUGAUCGAGAUGGUCUAUAUGAGACUGGUAGAAAUCAAUUCCGAAAAUCAACAACUAAGCUUGGUGAUUGAGCUGGCAAAUUAUUGGAACGACGAUCGUCUACGCUGGGAUCCUAAGGACUACUCCGGGAUUGAAAACCUAUACAUUAGUGCAUCAAUGCUGUGGAUUCCGGAUUACGCGCCUACGGACAGCCAAAAAUUCGAAAAUGUGUUCCCGGAGAACCAGCGAAACGCCCGGGUUUCCUGGAAUGGAACAAUUUUUUAUGAGACGAUAAUGUUUAUUAUAGCUUCUUGUAGGCUAGAGAUGCAAGACUUCCCGUUCGAUCGGCAAUCAUGUGCGAUUGGGCUUCAGAAUCAUCACAUUCUAAAGCCAAUGUUGACAAUGGAGAGUAGGAUUUCUCCAACAAUGGAUCCGUCUGUUUAUGAGGGAAACAGUGAGUGGUGCUUCCUGAACAUCUCCAGCAAUUUGACAGGCGUACCAGAGGAGUUGACCAUGGCUGGCUUCGUUUUCGUCUUACAUCGAGAGCCGCUGUUCUAUGUAUUUGUGGUUAUUUUCCCCUCAUUUUUGCUGACGACACUCGCGAAUUUUGGCAUGUUUUGGUCGGCGAACAUUAGGGAGAACAAGUUGGAGAAGAUGGGCCUCGGCUUGGCGAGCAUGAUGGCGAUGACCGUCAUGUUAGACUUGGCGUCGCAGCAGAUACACAAGACGGCAGCUUUUCCACUUUUGGGGUAUUACGUGAUCAUCUGCACCGCGAUUAUAGCGCUUGGGUGUGUGAGUAUCGCACUACUUUCAAAUGGCGCUAGCAGACCGAUGGACCGGAAACCGAAGCAUACUUUCCUUGCCCGAGUUGAGCAGUACGUCUUCACAAGGUCGUUCUUUGCCCAGCUCUUCUUCCAGGGGCUGAACAUUGUGAAUUUGAUCUAUACCCUAUCGCACUGGAAAAACUAUCAU